AUGUAUUCAAAAAAUAGAUUUCAGGAGCCUCCACUGCUGGCUUUGGAGAAUUACUGUUUCGUGAUUGACGGUGAUAAAGUUGAUGUUGAUAGAAUAACCGAAAAUUCGGUAGGCUGGUGGAAACCAACAGGAUCCAACAUUCGGUAUUACUGUACCGAGCAAAUGAAAACUUUUUAUCAGGUGGAUGCUUUGUUAUCACGAGGUGAGUUGCGCUGUGCAUAUAUGCGAAAGCGUCGUGGUUGCGGUAUGGAGCAGGUACCACUUCAUAAGUUGUUCCGGUUCGUAAUGCUUCUUUUUUUGGGUAAUUUAGUUGAGAUUCACGAGAAAGGAACGAAAAAGUACGUGUGUGACAGAUAG